AUGGCACAGAAGACGAACAAGCCUGAGCUGGAGGCCGGAGGGUCAAAGGAGCCACAUACGAACCAGGGGACUGCGGAGACGGGUGAGGAAACUGUGGAUCCCUUCGAAGGAAAAUCUGAAGACGCAAGGCAUCGCCGCGGACGAGAGUACCCAAGUCAAGGUGAAAGUUAUCGUUCCGAGGGCUGUAUGGCACUGGGGAACAGUGUCUUCAACGAUACCCUUGGGGAACCAGCGUAUUUACGGAUUAACGAAAUUUCUCUGGAGAGAUGUGAAAGGAGUUUUUCCAGAGUUUUAUUCGAAGGGAGGAAGAAAAGAGAUCUCUUGAUGUGGUUUUCAAAUGCCAAACGUGGUCCUUCUGCCAAAUUUGUCCUUGAGAAUAUUCACACAAUGGGAGAAAUGAAAUUGACAGGCAAUUGCCUAAAGGGAUCACGUCCAAUUCUCUCCUUCGAUGAGAACUUCUCCACAAAUCCUCCCUACGCCCUCCUGCAAGAGUUGGUCGCCCAGAUAUUUGGUGUGCCCAACAACCACCCCAAAAGCAAGUCCUUCUUCGACCACGUGUACACAUUCAGCGUCCUGGACAACAGGAUAUGGUUCAGAAACUACGAGAUCCUGAGUGAAGAUGGAGGAUUGGCAGAGAUAGGCCCCAGAUUUGUUUUGAAUCCAGUGAAAAUAUUCGCCGGGAGUUUCGCAGGAGAAACCCUCUGGGACAACUCUUUCUACAUCUCUCCAGCGAAAUUUCGUCAAGCCGUAAAUAAGAAAGCUGGUGGAAAGCACAUAAAUAGAGUCGAGCAGAAGAUGGCACAGAAGACGAACAAGCCUGAGGUCUCGUACUCGUUUAAUCCAUUGUAUGAUAUAUUCAAAGGAGAACAAUUGGUGAAGGCCAAGGAGCUGGAGGCCGGAGAGUCAAUGGAGCCACAGACGAACCAGCGGACUGCGGAGACGGGUGAGCAAACUGCGGAUCCCUUCGAAGGAAAAUCUGUAGCCGAGAUGAAGGAACGCGAGAAAAGAGCUCUGAGGAACUUCGAAAAAAUGGCUAAGAAGUCCACCAAGUCCAAAACACUGGGGUCGAAGGUGAUAAAGAAGAAGAAAGGGGGAAAAAUAACAUUGGAAAAUGAAUUUGUUAUUCGGGUGGGUGAAUAAAAAAAGUAUUUUAGAUUUUUG